AUGUAUGUUUUCAUAAAUAAUCCGUUGUCCUGUAAAUACCUAAUAAUAUUUUCUUCAAUAAGUUGGCCAUUAUACAUUCCAUCAUCAUCAUCAUCAUCAUCAUCAUCAUCAUCAUCAUCAUCAUCAUCAUCAUCAUCAUCAUCAUCAUCAUCAUCAUCAUCAUCAUCAUCAUCAUCAUCAUCAUCAUCAUCAUCAUCAUCAUCAUCAUCAUCAUCAUCAUCAUCAUCAUCAUCAUCAUCAUCAUCAUCAUCAUCAUCAUCAUCAUCAUCAUCAUCAUCAUCAUCAUCAUCAUCAUCAUCAUCAUCAUCAUCAUCAUCAUCAUCAUCAUCAUCAUCAUCAUCAUCAUCAUCAUCAUCAUCAUCAUCAUCAUCAUCAUCAUCAUCAUCAUCAUCAUCAUCAUCAUCAUCAUCAUCAUCAUCAUCAUCAUCAUCAUCAUCAUCAUCAUCAUCAUCAUCAUCAUCAUCAUCAUCAUCAUCAUCAUCAUCAUCAUCAUCAUCAUCAUCAUCAUCAUCAUCAUCAUCAUCAUCAUCAUCAUCAUCAUCAUCAUCAUCAUCAUCAUCAUCAUCAUCAUCAUCAUCAUCAUCAUCAUCAUCAUCAUCAUCAUCAUCAUCAUCAUCAUCAUCAUCAUCAUCAUCAUCAUCAUCAUCAUCAUCAUCAUCAUCAUCAUCAUCAUCAUCAUCAUCAUCAUCAUCAUCAUCAUCAUCAUCAUCAUCAUCAUCAUCAUCAUCAUCAUCAUCAUCAUCAUCAUCAUCAUCAUCAUCAUCAUCAUCAUCAUCAUCAUCAUCAUCAUCAUCAUCAUCAUCAUCAUCAUCAUCAUCAUCAUCAUCAUCAUCAUCAUCAUCAUCAUCAUCAUCAUCAUCAUCAUCAUCAUCAUCAUCAUCAUCAUCAUCAUCAUCAUCAUCAUCAUCAUCAUCAUCAUCAUCAUCAUCAUCAUCAUCAUCAUCAUCAUCAUCAUCAUCAUCAUCAUCAUCAUCAUCAUCAUCAUCAUCAUCAUCAUCAUCAUCAUCAUCAUCAUCAUCAUCAUCAUCAUCAUCAUCAUCAUCAUCAUCAUCAGCAUCAGCAUCUCGGUUUAAUGUGGCUCGAUAA